CUUAAAUAUUUUUAUAACAUAUUUAUAUAAUGGAUAAUGUAAUAUAUUCACAAAUAAAUUUAACUUUACCUAGUAUUUAUAAUAAUGGACAAGAAUGUGAAGACAUCCGUCAGUAUGUUUUUCAGCAAAAUAUUUUACGAACACCUACCAACAGAAUUACAAUAGAUUACUCGCAAGAUGAUUAUAGAAAUAUGAUUAUCACAAAACCAACUAUUUCAAGAAAAAAAAAAUCAAAAGAGGAAAAAAGUCUCAAAAUGUAUCAAAAAUACUUUAAGAAUACUUAUAGAAAUAUAAUAAACACAUGUAAUUUCACCAUGUAUAUUAAAAAUAUAUAGACCAAUUUCUAUGUUUUUGACAAUGAAAAGUUGUAUAGUAAUUGUAUCAUAAGAAUUAUGCAUCAUAUGAGAUCAAUAACAAUUAUAUUUUUCUUUUAAAAAGUGAAUACAAUA